UCGUCCCACCACAUAAUACCAGCGUGUCAGUUCGGUUAUGGAGCUAUGAUGUUCUUUGGUCCUAUUUAAGCUCCAGCCAGGCGGAAGGAUCUGUCUGAUGUUUGUAAAUAUUGUCCCCCGGCGGAGCGCGUCGCCAGGCGGAGCGGAGCUGUUCUCUGGGGCUGUUUGACGGAUCCACACCGGACUACCGAGGCAUGUUCACCGUGCAAAAGUCACAUGUUGCACCUGAGAAGCAACCAGGACGUGUUAUUUGUUAUUUGGGAGAAUCCCCGUGCAGCAUGCUGCUCUCUAAACUGGGCUCCAUCCCGCCCAGCAUGGAGCUGCAGGCGAAGCUCCAACCAGGCAAAGCGGAGAAGCAGCCGUUCGAGAAGAUGUACCGGCUGGGUUCGGUGCUCGGCAGCGGAGGGUUCGGCACCGUGUACCAGGCCGUCCGCCUCGCCGACGGGCUGCGGGUGGCGGUGAAGCAUGUGUGCAGAGACAGAGUGUCAGAGUGGGGCUCUCUGUGCGGCGCGGUGGUUCCUCUGGAGGUGGUGCUGUUGAAGAAGGUGGGCGGGGCGUUUGGCGGCGUGGUGCGGCUGUUGGACUGGUGGGAGCGGGCGGACGGCUGGCUGAUGGUGAUGGAGCGUCCCGAGCCGGGUCAGGACCUGUUCGACUACAUCACGGAGCGCGGCGCCCUGGACGAGGCGGCGGCGCGGGGCUUCUUCCUGCAGGUGCUGGAGGCGGUGCGCCACUGCUACACCUGCGGCGUCGUCCACCGAGACAUCAAGGACGAGAACCUGCUGGUGGACCUGAGGACCGGGCAGAUCAAACUCAUCGACUUCGGCUCAGGAGCCCUCCUCAAAGACGGAGCCUACACUGAGUUCGAUGGCACGCGGGUGUACAGUCCUCCGGAGUGGAUCCGGUGCCGCCGGUACCACGGUCGCUCGGCAACCGUCUGGUCUCUCGGCGUGCUGCUGUACGACAUGGUGUGCGGGGACAUCCCCUUCGAGCAGGACGAGGACAUCCUGAGAGGACGGAUCUACUUCAGACGGGAAGUCUCCUCAGAGUGCCGGCAGCUGAUUGGCUGGUGUCUGAACCAGAAGCCGGCUGACAGGCCGACCCUGGAGCAGAUCCUCCUCCACCCCUGGGUGACGGGCAGCGACGGCAUCACGCUCCACGCCAUCACAGAGGGCGACUCCUCCUCCUCCUCCAGCCAGCAGAGCCUCUGAUUGGUCGACGCAAGGUUGUGAGGAUGAGUUUUGUGGUGACGGAGCGAGU